UUUUUGGUAGAUUUGUUGGAAAUUUCCAGUGAUUCUAAGUUGAAUUUUUAUUUCUGAAGUGAAGUUGUAUGUGCGAUCUUCGUUGUUAUUAGGGCUUUUUGGGGUUUGCUGAACUAGGUUAUUCAAGUUAAAAUUAUGUCAAUCUGUUGCUCUCGUCUUUCCAUUUUUCCGACCAAAGGAUUUCGAAACUUGUAUGCAGAUGAACGGAUCUGAAUCCGGAAGAAUUUUCGAGCAGUCAAUGACGCCGGUAACGUCUCAGCCGCCUGUCAAUAGCAUCCGAACGACGUACACUCCCGGCGUUACUGGUGCAUACAGUGUUGCAACCGAUGUAAUGUCUAGCAGCGGUGGCGGUGGCGGUGGUGGGAGUUCAGGGUUCCACCAGAACAUCAACAUCAACGAGCACGUCGGCGGUGAAUCAAUGAUAAAGAAGAGGGGGAGGCCAAGGAAGUACGCCCCUGACGGCUCUAUGUCACCGGCGGCCAGGGUAGCAAAGUUGACACCCACCACUGUUACAGCCGCUGCUUCAUUGAAUGGAGCUUUCGAACAGCAACAGCAUCAACCUCAAUCAGCUGCUCCUCCUAUUUCUGCAGCCCCUGUUAGUUCAAUUCCUAUGGAUGAAGGAUUUGCAUCAGCAAAGAAGGCCAGAGGUAGACCUCCUGGUUCGUCAAACAGGAAACAGAAAAGAGAAUCUUUGGGAUCAGCUGGAUUUGGUUUUACUCCACAUAUCAUUGUGGUGCAGCCUGGAGAGGAUGUGCUAAAUAAGAUCAUGUCAUUUUCUCAGAAUGGACCAAGGGCCGUAUGCAUCAUGUCCGGCAUUGGUGUCAUAACUAAUGUGACACUUCGUCAAGCUGCAACUUCUGGCGGCACUGCAACUUAUGAGGGGCGUUUUGACAUAUUGGCCCUUUCCGGUUCAUUUGUGCUAUCAGAGGUAUUUGGGCAGCGCACGAGGACAGGAGGACUAAGCGUCACGUUAUCUGGACCUGAUGGUCGGGUUUUUGGCGGUGUUGUAGCUGGACUCUUGAUUGCUGCAUCUCCUGUUCAGGUUAUAGUAGGAAGUUUUCUUCCUGAAAACAGUAAAGAAGGUAUGCCGGGUAAUCAUGUAGAACCGUUAACAAAGGUGAUGCCUGCAAACCGCGGUACGGGACCAAGCAGCUCACCGUCUCAUGGGACCCUAAGUGAGUCAUCCGGUGGAGGUGGGAGUCCGAUGAACCGGGGGAACGAAAACAGUAGCCCACAAGGGAUGGCAAGCAUGCCAUGGAAGUGAUGUGGGCCAGUUGAGGGUAUAAUUGUAAUUUUUUUUUAAUUUAGUUUUAUUAGCCUUUGGUGUAACUUUGUUAGUGGGGACAUUUUUCCAGCCAAAAGUGUUGAUUUUGGGUGGAGGGGAUGGAUGCUCUUUUUUUCGAGGUUGAGAAUGAUCAAAUCCUAUCACGUAUAAAUAUUUUAGGGAACUUGACCCAAAUAAAAAUAUUCCACAACCAAAUUGACCUCCUAACAAUCUCUUCGGACUUUAUCCAAAAGUCACUAUGUCUGCAAUACCCAAGUCUAAUAAAACGACAAAAUUUUAGAGUUUUUUGGCCCAAGUAUGUAAUUAUUACAAAUCUGAUCCAAAACCCAUUUCUACGAAUCUGUAAUGCCUGAUCCGUAAGUGUCCACUUUCAUGGGGAAAUGGGUUUUCGGUCGAAUCAGUAAUAGUUGCACGCUGGUGGUUAUGGACAUGGCUCAAAAACGUUAUUUUUUUGUCGUUUAGUGGGUCUGCAGUAAUUGCGGACUUGGGUAUUGCGAACUUAGUGACUUUUGGGUAAAGUCCGAGAGAAAUCGGUAGGAUGUUAAUUUUGAUUGUGGAAUAUAGUUGUUUGAGUCAAUUUCUCAAUCUUUUAUUAUUAA